AUGUUCAGCUCCUUCUGGCGAUCCAUCGAUCGAUUCUCCAUUCAACACUUCAAAUGUGUAAUUAGUGAACUGCAGAAAAUUAAAGUUGUGAACAAGCAUAAUAGGGAAUAUGUGGUGGAUUUGUUGCAGUGUAUUGUGGAGAUAGUAACCUAUGGUGAUAGACAAGAUCCUUUAAUUUUUGAAUAUUUCAUGGAACACCAAGUGCUUGCGGAUUUUGUUCGCAUACUCAAGACUAGUGAAAAUUCAAAGAUUGAGGCACCACUGCUUCAGUAUCUGAGCAUAAUGAUUCAAAACAUGGAUAGCGAACAAGCAAUUUACUAUUGCUUCAGCAAUGGUUAUAUUAACAACAUUAUUUCGCAUCCCUACGAAUUUGACGGGGGAGACUUAGCUUCAUACUAUGUGUCUUUUCUAAGGGCUAUUAGUGGUAAAAUAAACGGAGACACACUUUGCCUCCUUGUGAAGGUUCACGGGGAUGCUGUAGUUUCCUUUCCCUUGUACACCGAGGCUUUAAGAUUUGCUCAUCAUGAGGAAAAGAUGAUUCAGACAGCAAUACGUUCAUUAGUUCUCAAUAUAUACAAUGUUAGUGAUGACAUGGUGUAUCAAUUUAUAUUGACUCCUCCGAAUUCCGAGUAUUUCUCCGACCUAGUUCAUAGAUUAAGAGAUCUAUGCUUCUGCUUAGACACUAUUCUCUAUGAUAAAGGCAGGGAGAUGGAGACUCAAAAAAGAAAAAAUGGGCUGAUUCUUCAAUCUGAUAAAAUUGUGGAUGAACUGUACUACUUCAAAGACAUUCUUAGUGUUGGCAAGCCACGUUUGACUAAACUGGUUACUGAAAAUCUGCUGAAUGGGCUUGUGUUUCCUGCACUAUUCUCAUUACUAGUUUCAAAAGAUAAUGAUGAGUCAGGUUUAUCUGCUGUCACUUCACUAUAUAUUGUAUCCCGCCUUCUUCAAAUUGUUGGUGGAAGAAGCAUUGUUAACAAUGUGGCGUGUGUUAUCUUGUAUCAUUUUUUGAACUUAAAUGCGACAGUUCAGAGUGAAGGGAAUGCUAUUGACGACCAUGACAAUGUUAAACCUUUUGCAAAGUGCCUGAGUGAAAUUGAAAGAACAAUAUGUUAUGUUCCAGAGUUAAAUGGUGCUGAGAGCAUCACUGGGAACCAUUUAGGUGCUCAUUGGGAAGAUUUCAUGUCUGGUUUUAGAACUGAUGAAAUUUGUCCUAAAAGGAGAGGACUGCUUGAAUUUGUUUUCUCUGAGGAUUGCAGACUAUUGUUAGCAUCUAUAUUUCUGUUGCUCAUUUUGGCAGAAAGUAAAGAUUUGGAUUGUUUCUUAUCUCCAAUAAUAGGGCUAUAUGGGACUGGGGAUGUUAUGAUGCAAACUAAUAGUUCGUCAACUUCUAAGCCUGCAGAUGGUAGUAUCUUCACUAGAUUUAUGCCUGAGAUUGUAAACGCCCUCCUGAAAGUUUUGGGCUUCCAACAAUCUCUCUCUGCAAUGAUGCUAUGGCAUGUUGGGUGGUGCUUACUAAAGCUACUUAACUUCAAUAGAGAGGGACUUAAUAGUGAUAAUCUCCUCCUAUUCACCACUUUAUAUGAUCAGUCUCGUGCACGCUUUCUGAAAGAACUUGAUGGAAUUUGGUUUGAUCAUAUUCCAGAUGCUCUAAGAACUGAAUGGGAAAGCUGUAUAAGAGCUCUUGAACAGUCUUCUCACUAUAAAAAUCCAUUAUUUAUUUUGGAGCUUGAUUUUCACCAACAAUCGAUCAGCGGAGAAACAUCUUCAUAUUUUGCUUGGCAAAGGAUGGAUGAUGCAAUGAAGGCAUUUAUUCUCCACUUCCAGCUGAACACAUUCAUUUUCAAAAGUGUAUUGGCCGAUAAGCCUUUGUGGAACACUAUUGCCACUUCUACCAAUGAUUCCGGGGCAAACCAAUCAGAUGUUUCAUCUACUAGCUUUGGGUCCAAUGUUUCUUUGGAAUCCGGAAUUCCAUGCCAGAUUGCAUUUUCAAAUUCUGAAAUUAGAGAUGUAUAUGUAAUACCAGUAGCAUACGGAAUGGUUGGGAAGUUGCUUCUUGCAGAGAAACACCCAUUUCGUAGUCGACAUGGAGUGGUGAUUGCAAUUGCUCCACUGGCAGGGUUAUGUCCUAAAAUUGAUGAAGACCACCCCUCGUGGUUGCUUCUUCAAAUAAGAAAUUUUGACCCACAGUUUUAUACAAUUAAAGCCAGAGACAACAACUUAAGCAUGACCCAUCAUUUGGCCGAUGGGAGAUGGACCCUAGGCUUCCUAAAUGAAAAAGCAUGCAAGGAAGCUCAAUUUGCAAUUCUAAAUGAAGUUACCAAGCAGAGAUCAGCGGUGGAGUACAUGCUUGCUCCAUUACUUCAGAAUGAUCUCGGAUUAGCCGUAGGCAAAGGUAGUUAA